AUGGCCCCAGUCAAGGAAACCACCCCCGGUCCCAGCCCUUUGAGCGACAUCAAGAACUUGCUCAAGGAGUUGCACGAGAAGGUCGACCGUCUUGAGGCCAAGGUCGACAAGGUCGAGACCAAGCCUGCCAGCAAGGACGACAAGAAGCUCCGCAUGAUCUUGAUUGGACCCCCCGGUGCCGGUAAGGGUACCCAGGCUCCCAAGAUCAAGGAGAAGUACUGCGUCUGCCACUUGGCCACCGGUGACAUGCUCCGCGCUGCCAUUGCCAACAAGACCAAGGUCGGUUUGGAGGCCAAGAAGGUCAUGGAUGCCGGUGGACUCGUCAGCGACGAGAUCAUGGUCAACAUGAUCCAGGACAAUUUGGAGAACAACCAGGAGUGCAAGAACGGAUUCAUUCUCGAUGGAUUCCCCCGCACUGUUGUCCAGGCUGAGAAGUUGGAUUCCAUGUUGGAGAACAAGAAGCAGACCUUGGACACCGUUGUCGAGCUCGCCAUCGAUGACAACCUCCUCGUCUCCCGCAUCACCGGUCGCUUGAUCCACGUUCCCUCCGGUCGCUCCUACCACAAGGAGUUCGCUCCCCCCAAGGUCCCCAUGAAGGACGACAUCACUGGCGAGCCCCUCGUCCAGCGCUCCGACGACAACGCCGAGGCCCUCCAGAAGCGUCUCGUUGCCUACCACAAGCAGACUGUCCCCGUCGUCGAGUACUACAAGAAGAAGGGUCUCUGGUCCCAGGUCGACGCUGCCCAGGAUCAGAAGUUGGUCUGGUCCAGCAUGCUCGCCAUCUUCAGCAAGGUCAUCUAA